CACUCAUGCAUGAGGUUAGUGCUGAAGGAGGGCUGCUUAAGAACAGGCCCCUAUAAAUGAAAUUGACUCCUUCUCCAGUCACCGAUCCAGUUGCAGUGAACUAACCGAGAGAUCUGUGGGUAGCUCAGGGAUCCUCCAGCUUCUGGGAUCCCAGACACAGAAGGCUGGACAAGUGUACUGGACGGAGAGUAAGGGCGUUAUUCCCGGAAUACAGUACUGCUUUUGUUGAAUGGCCCGGGGUGAAAAGAUGCAUUGCUUAAAAGAUUUUCACAAAGACAUCCUGAAACCCUCUCCCGGAAAGAGCCCAGGGACCCGACCCGAGGAUGAAGCAGACGGCAAAAUGCAGCGAGAGAAAUGGGCUAACAAACUCGAUUUCAUCCUGUCUGUGGCUGGGGGUUUCAUUGGACUAGGCAACGUUUGGAGGUUCCCUUAUCUCUGCUACAAGAAUGGUGGAGGUGCUUUUCUUAUCCCAUAUUUUAUCUUCCUGAUUGGUGGAGGUCUGCCUGUGUUCUUCCUGGAGGUAGCACUUGGUCAGUACACUUCCCAAGGGGGCAUCACCUGUUGGGAGAAACUCUGUCCCAUUUUCUCUGGAAUCGGCUGUGCGUCCAUCGUCAUUGUCUCCUUGUUGAAUGUUUACUACAUCGUAAUUCUGGCCUGGGGACUCUACUACCUCUUCCAGACCUUUCAGAGUGAACUGCCCUGGGCUAGAUGUGGCCACAAAUGGAACACUCCGCACUGCAUCGAGGACACACUGAGGAGGAACCUCUCUGUCUGCAUGACCUGCAAUGGCACCAACUACACGUCACCUGUGACAGAAUUUUGGGAGCGGAAUGUGUUAGGUCUGUCUAGUGGAAUUGACAACGUGGGUUCUCUGAAGUGGGAACUGGCCCUCUGUCUCCUGGCCGUUUGGGUUAUCUGUUUCUUCUGCAUUUGGAAGGGCGUCCGAUCGACAGGGAAGGUUGUUUAUAUCACUGCAACAUUUCCCUUCCUGAUGCUGUUGGUGUUGUUGAUCCGUGGAGUCACUCUGCCAGGAGCAGCUCAGGGAAUCAAGUUUUAUCUGUAUCCUGAUAUUACACGCCUUGGUGAUCCACAAGUAUGGAUUGACGCUGGGACCCAGAUCUUCUUCUCUUAUGCAAUCUGCUUGGGAGCGAUGACAUCACUGGGAAGUUACAACAAAUACAAAUACAACUGUUACCGGGACUGUAUGCUCCUGGGAUGUCUGAACAGCGGCACCAGUUUUGUCUCGGGCUUCGCCAUAUUUUCCAUCCUUGGCUUCAUGGCUCAAGAACAAGGGGUGGACAUAGCGGAUGUAGCUGAGUCAGGUCCCGGUUUGGCAUUCAUCGCUUACCCUAAAGCAGUGAGCAUGAUGCCAUGGCCUACAUUCUGGGCUAUCUUGUUUUUCGUAAUGCUCCUGCUCCUCGGAUUGGACAGUCAGUUCGUUGAGGUCGAAGGGCAGAUUACUUCCCUCGUUGAUCUUUACCCAUCCUUCCUAAGGAAGGGUUACAGACGGGAAAUCUUCAUAGCUAUAACGUGCUCAUUCAGCUACUUGCUGGGGCUGGUUAUGGUGACCGAAGGUGGGUUGUAUGUGUUCCAGCUGUUUGACUACUAUGCAGCCAGCGGCAUGUGCCUUCUCUGGGUGGCAUUCUUUGAAUGUAUUGCAAUAGCUUGGGUGUAUGGAGCUGAUGAUUUCUAUGAUGCAAUUGAAGACAUGAUUGGCUACAGGCCUGGGAUUUGGAUGAAGUGGAGUUGGACUGUAGUCACUCCAUUGCUGUGCAUGGCCUGUUUUGUCUUCUCUCUUGCCAAGUACACGCCAUUGACCUACAACAAAAUCUACAAGUUCCCUCACUGGGCAGAAGGUUUGGGUUGGUUAUUGGCUCUGUCCUCCAUGAUAUGCAUCCCACUGGUAGUGGUUGUCAAGAUUAUUCAAUUGGAUGGGCCAAUAAUUGAGCGGAUAAAGAUGCUCACUGCACCCAAAGGAGAAGGAAGAAAACCAAAAGACCUAGCUUUGGAUGCUGAGGCCACAGUUCCACUCAGUCCCAAUGGGACUGCAGGAAAUGAUGUCGGAAAACCCACACAGAUAAUAAUAGAGACUGCGAUGUAAGCUCUCUAUGAGAGACUAAAAUUGUGCUUUUUUUGACAUAAACUCUAGCCUUUCUAGGACCAGAUAUCCCCAUACCCUAAAGCUGUGCUCAUCCUAGACCUAGGUCUAAACUCAAUGGUUAACCCCCUCAGAGUUCACAUUAAAUAAAACAAUGGAAGCAACUAACCUACGUAUCUUAUUCAAGCAAUCACUAGCAAGCGUUUCGAACACUGUUCACUCCAAUCUGAAGGCUAGAUCUUGCUUCCUGAUCCUUGCAUGAAGACGCUAACUGUCUUCCCAACAUUAAGGUGACCCUCUGGAGGUUAUUCUUUAUUUUUGCUCAGUUCCCUUCUUCAUCCCCACCUCCUCAUCAUGAACUUCAACACAAUAUUCUGAUGUGCAGACCCGCAAGUGUUGCAGGCAGGUCUGAGAGGCUCCCUUGAUUGCUUUGGUGGUGUGAUCAGGUGAUGAAGCUUGGAGCAGAACCAUUGGAAUUCCGAUUUCUUUCUCAUCCUUUCCCUCCUCCCCCACAUUUUCCCCUACGCGACCCCCCCCCCCCCCAAUUCGUUUUCUUUUUUUUAAGGUAAAAUAUUCAAGAAACAGGAAUUCAGUUCAAAACACUGUUGCAUUGUAGGAGUCUGCUCCCUCCCCCUCCUCCCCCCCUUUACCUCCCAUUCACCCCUCCCUAACCCCCUUCUUCCUCUCCACCUACCAUUCCCCUUCCCCUUCAUCCCUCUCCUCCCUCUCCAUCUACUACUCCUCA